AUGAAUUUUGCCAAGGUAUUUCGUCGUCAAAAAGAACAGCGUAAACCAGAACGUGUUCACGAAAAACUUGAGCGACAACAGCAACCAUCCCCACAUCGUACAUUUCAAUAUCCCUCUUAUCGUCCGUUUUCAUACUUGAAUACCAAUAAUAAUAAUAAUAAUAAUAAUAGUAAUAACAGAAAUAAGAUAAUUCGAACAACAAAAAUUGCAAAUGUUCAUCCGACUACAACGACGACAUCAAAUUUUCCCGAUCAAACACUCUAUCGUAUUGGAUUGACAGCGCCAGCUUCCCCUUUGAUUGUUACAUCACAAUCGGAUAUUGAACAACCUGGUGUCAAGGUAUUACCAACAACAACGAAUGAAGUCGUUGGAGGAGGACAACGAUCAAACAUACGAAAAUUAAAGGAUCAACGACGUUAUCAAUCAAAUUUAACAAAUAAUAAAAAAUGGCUAUUUCGAUCAAUGGAAGCUCUAGACGAAUGGAAGGGAAAAGUGUUUCAAAAACAACGAACAGCAAGAACUCCACCUCGUUCGAGAAGUACCGAGAACAUCCCUGAAGCUGACCAAGAUGAAUUUUCAAAUUAUCCAAAUUAUCAUCAUCGUCCUACUGGCAGCCCAUCAAACCAUCGUAUUACUCAACGAUUAUCAUCACCUAGUCGUAGUAUCGAAGCAUUAACAUCACGUGUUAUAUCAAGUAUUGGCAUUAUGAGAAAAGCGUCAAAUCCAAAUACCGUUUCGAACAAAUACAAUCAUCGUACAAGAAACCAAGUGUUAACAAUUAAAAAACCUUUCUUAUCAAAUGGUACAAUAAACAACAACAGCAACAACAAUAAUGGAAAACAUGGUGGUCAAUCAGCAAUUCUAGAUUUUAGAGAAAUAUCAUCAUCUAAGUUUAAUAGAAUAAAAGCAGAAGAUAUCGAAGAUGGUGAAAAAGAACAGAGUUUAUCAUUAACAUCAAACGAAGAUAGUAGCGAUCAAAAUGAUGACAAUGAAGUAGUGACAAGUGACAUAUCCUUUUUAAAUAACGGACAUCAAGAUGAUGAUGGUGACGACGAAACGGCUGAUUCAUGGGAUUUCGGUAUCUCUUGGAUUGAUUCAUUGAAAGAGCAAGACUCACCACAACGUAAAAUGGAAUUUUAUGAAAACUUAAUUAAGUUGCUUGAACAAGAUACGUUGACAAUUGAUGAACUGUUAGUGUUGAGAAAAGUUUUAUCAAAAAUUUGGCCAAAUGAUGAUACUGGCAUUGCUAAUUAUGGAAAUAGAACGUAUUAUACCGAACAAAAAAAGAAUCCUUUCACAAUACAAACAAAACAUCAUCAUAAUCAACUGAAAAUAAUGCCAGUAGGAUUGACAAAGCAUACGGCACAACGUUGUCAAACUGUUGUUGAACAACAACAAUCACCAGUACUCUAUGAAAGUUUACAUACUCAACAGAGCGGGAAACAAAAUGGAAGUGGAAUUAUCACAGCCAAAGCCAUGCCCUAUUACAUCAAAAUUAAUCCAUCGACAACGAUACAUGAACAAGAAAUUCCAAUUGAACGUGAACAACAACGAACAGAUUAUCCACCACAUUUAAAUCCGUUUGAUAAUCAUGAGCAGUCCGGAAAUAUAUCAAAUGGAACAAAACCCAAAACUGAUGGUAAUAAUACCGAUUCAAUACGUCGUUAUUUUGAACGGUUAACAUUAUUAGAAACCAUCUAUGAGAAAUUGAAUCACGAGUCGUUGAAAUCAUCGUCAAUAAUGACCACUACAGAAACCGUAGCUACGAACCCUGCUACAACACAUAUAAAAAAUGAGGAGAAAAACAAAAAAAAAGUAGAACAGAUCCCGGAGAAACUGCAAGAGUUAGAAUAUGAUGGUAAUAAAAGUCCGAAUAAAAAAUAUCGCCGCCUUGAAAAACGAGUUGAAACAAGAGAAGAAAUUAUAGAUUAUACGUAUUCACCUUCCAAAUAUAAUGAUGACAAAAAUGUGUCAACUAACAAACCACAACAAGCUCCAUUUCGUGAAAUGAAUGUUGAUGAAGUACAUAAAUCGUCACUGAAGCGAAAAGCACCAAAAGCACCGCAUAUUGACAUCUCAACUAAUCAAUCUAAUCUCCAAACUGCAAUGUUCACCUUGCCAUCUAUUGAUUUAUCAGCAAAUACAACAGCUCAAACUGAAGAAUUAACGACACCCGUUCAAUUUACCAAAUCACAUCAAAAUAGUCCAAUAAAGGAGUUAUCUCACUCACUCACUACUACUGCAACAACAGUUGCUGCAGCAUGUGAUGAAGAAGGUCAUAUAUUUGUUUACUCAAAUAGUCCAACAAAACAGAAAAGCCAUGAGAUAAAAACACCGCGUCUGUUACUGUCCCCAUCAUCUCCCAGACAAAGUCAGACAUUGUCUGGUGAACGUAUUCAACAAUGGUUAUCAACAUGUGAUGUAAGAGAAGACGAUGUUGAUGCGACAACAGUAGUAUUAAAUGAUCAAGGAACUACUCUCUCAAAAAAUCGUAUUCCAACACCAGAAACUGAAACAAAACUACGUUUCAUAUCCAAAAGGGUAAAAUCUCAAUCACCGUCACCUGAGCGUCGUACUAUAGCAGUUGAAUCAAUACCAAUAUCAGAACGUACUCGCACAACGAUUGUUAACUCAUCGUCACCUCAACAGCAAGUCUUUGCAAGAACACGAUCAUUAGCGAAUCGUUCGUUAGAAAAAGAGCUAACGGAAUCAACACCCGUAAACGAAAUUGAACCUGGACGUUUUAGAACUUGUUUAAAAAUACGUCUAGAAGAUACUAGUAAAGACAGUAAAAAGUCGCCCGAAAAACAACAUCAUUAUCAACAUCGUGCAAGUAUAAACAAUAAGAACAUUAAUAAUAAUAUUUCAGAUACAAAUGACUACUUAACACGCGUAUGCGCAACGACGAUGAAAGAUAUUCAACAACAAGAGUUUGAUCCGAUUUCUCGAACAUCGUACAAUCGACAGGCUGUAUUUCUUUGA